GAUUUCUAGGAAGACUGGUAACAUCACUAUGGAAGAUAAUAUGCCAGUGUCAACUAUAAUCCGGUCCAACAAACAUGCAGGACAGAAAGUGCAUGGGCCCUUGAUCACGUUUGGAGACAUCGCCGUAUCAGCAGGCUUCAAGAAUGCAGAUCCGUGCACAGCUCGUGGAUGCAAAUGGGAGAGAAGCAGAAAUGGAUUAGUCUAUGUGCCCUACGUGAUCGCCAACCAGUACUCUCCAAAUGAAAUACAAGUGAUUAAACAAGGUUUACGGUCCUUUGCGGAUGUUUCCUGCAUUCGAUUUGUACCACAUGAAGGGCAGAGGGACUUUCUACACAUUAAGUCUAAAUCGGGUUGCUAUUCAUAUUUGGGGUGCCAAGGUGGGAAGCAGGUUAUUUCUCUAAAGCGUCAUGGGUGUGUCCGUCACCGUACUAUUCAGCACGAACUCCUUCAUGCUCUCGGGUUCCAUCAUGAACAGAACCGCAGCGACCGUGACAACCACAUCCAAAUCCUUAAUGAGAACAUUAAACCUAAAAAGCAGCACAAUUUCAAAAGAAGAGAAACCAAUAAUCUGGUAACCCCCUAUGACUACAACUCUGUGAUGCACUAUUCAAGGUACGCUUUCUCUAGGAACAACGAGCCAACCAUGAUUCCCAUUCCUAAUAAGAAUGUUGUUAUUGGUGAAGCUCAAAGUAUGAGCCCCAAUGACAUCCUGCGGAUUAACAGACUUUACUGCCGUACGUUAAGUCUUUACUGUAACGUUUUGAAUUUAAACUGCGUUUGUGAUUAG